AUGUCAAGAUUGACCUUCUUGAACGGCGGCCCUGUGGCUCUAGUGUGGUACUGGUGGAUAACAGCCUUCUUCACUCACCUCGUCGCCCUCUCCUUCGCUGAAAUCUCAUCAGCCUUCCCAAUCUCGGGGUCGCUCUACUUUUGGGCGGCAGCUCUCGCCGGCCCAAAGCACGGCCCCUUUGCUGCCUGGAUCACCGGCUGGUUGGAGCUCCUUGGGAUCUCCGUGUGCAUCGGCUCGCUCUCCUUUGGAGGCGUGCAGCUGCUACAGUACACCAUCUAUGCUGCUACAGGCGGGUUCAACGGCGGCUAUCUUCUGACCAACUACGAGUGCUUUGGAAUCACGGUGGCGGCAAUAGUGGCAUGCGGGUUGCUCAACCUGCUGCCCGUGCUCUCCAUUGGACGGAUUGCAGCCUUCAGUGCCGUGUGGCAGAUCGUGGUGGUGCUGGCAGUGAUCAUCAUUCUUCCAUGCGUCUCCACCACUCUACAGCCCCCCUCGUUCAUCUUCGGCCAUUACCACGUGCAGCUAGACGUCACACACGUGCCCAACGAUGCUUACGCCUUUGUGCUGGCAAUGCAGCUCUCCCUAUUCGGCCUAUACGCCUACGACACUGUAGCGCACAUGGCAGAAGAGACAAAACGCGCCGACGUCACCAUCCCGGCCGCCAUGGUCUCGUGUAUCUCGGCAGCUACUGUGGUGGGGUGGGCGGUGAUUGUUGUCCUGACUGCGUGCAUUACCGAUAAAGCGACCCUUCUUGAAGAGGAGAAUGAAACGGGGGGGCAGCAGCCAGUGGUGCAGAUCAUCUGGGAGGUCUUUUACGACAGGGACGGCAACGGCACGGGGGCAGUGGUGCUGCUGUGCCUCGUGUACUUCUCCUUCUUUGCUGCCUCACACUCUGGCAACGGCACGGGGGCAGUGGUGCUGCUGUACGGCAACGGUACUGGCGCAGUGGUGCUGCUGUGCCUCAUGUACUUCUCCUUCUUCUUUGCCGCCUUUGCGGCCGUCAUCGGGGCUUCCAGAGCCGCCUACUCCCUCUCGCGCGAUUCCGGUCUCCCGUUCGCCUUCCUGUGGCGGCGAAUCAACCGCGACCGCACGCCUGUCAACGCGGUUCUCCUCACGUGCUCCAUCGCUAUCCUCUUCUGCCUGCCUCUCCUCCACUCCACCUCCACCUUCUUCGCCAUCACCUCUCUUGCCACCGUUGCAUGGGUGGGAAGCUACUCAGUGCCGCUGCUGCUGCGCUUGAUCCAACCCAGAGGAGCGUUCAAGGCGGGCGCAUUCAGCCUCGAGCGAUACGUGGGGGCCGUGGGCAGCUACUCAGUGCCGCUGCUGCUGCGAUUGAUCCAGCCCAGAGGAGCGUUCAAGGCGGGCGCAUUCAGCCUCGAGCGAUACGUGGGGAGUGUGGGCAGCUUCGCCGUGCCUCUCAUGCAGCGCCUGCUGCAACCCCGACCGGCGUUCAAGCCAGGGGCGAUCAGCCUCGAGUAUGUGGGGAGUGUGGGCAGGAGGUGCAUCAACGGCGGAGCUCGCUUCUUCGCCCUCUACACCAGGGCCACCUCCAUGGUGCCAUGUAUUUCCCUAUAA